CAUCAUUUCAUGAGCUCAUGAAGGUACGUUCCUGCACUAACACAAAACACAAAACAUUACUUUUGGGACUUCGCUUUCCAGAGGAACCUGAGAAAUCAUCUUAAAUCUUCCUUCCUUGAUGGAAACCGCUUGCAGCAACAAGAGAUGAGAGUUACUUCGUGCUCUCUUCCUUUCUGAGACGAGAGAUUAUCUGUGGCAAUGCACUAAUUUUUGUCUUGAUAUAACAUCUAAAAUAAGUUGCUGAUUUGUCUCUUUGUAAAGAUGGAAGGUUUUACUGAUCUCCUUACAGAUGCAUUUUCAGAUUCAGUUUCAGAUGAUGCUGUUGUUACAGAGACAUCCGUUCCAUCGUUCCCAGAUGAAGAUUUGGACUUUGAGAAUUUGCAUUUUGAUGAAAAGUCUGACAAAGACGGGACAGAAAACUUAACAACAAACAAAGAGGUGGCACUGCUCCAGGAAGCAACAGGUGAAGCUGCAGCUCUGUUUGAAACCAAAGAGACCGCUGAAAAUGUUUAUGAAGAGCAGUCAGAUGGUGAAAGCGAUGAGGAGGAUUUUGAAGGUGAAGGGGUCGGUGCCGUAAACGUAGACAAAACACCAGAGGAGGACUACUCAAGCUCAGAUGGAGAUUCUGGACAGGAAAGCUCCAUCACUGUAGAUGAUGAUGAGGAUGAGGAUAUAGGAACAGCAGAGACACCAGGGGAUUUGCUGAUGUCAGUUCGUUGCAGUGAUGAGUUCAACGAUGGCAAUAAGGAGGACGAGAUCUUUGCAGAGGGACAACCUCUGGCCCCAGAGGAUGCUGAAAGCCCUCAAGUUAGAAACAAGGAGGGAGGUGAGGCUGAGAGUGAUGAGGAUGUGUCCUAUUUGAAAAGAAUCCCUGGACAAGGCGAUGAGACUGUGAUAAAAGCAGCAGAGACGGAAGAAGACGAGCAGGAGAGCGAAGAAGAAAAAGAAGAGGACUCAUCUGAUCCUGAGUGUGAGGGCAUGAAAAUCGAACUGGAAGAAAAUGUUACUGAUCAGCCCUUUGAGGAGGAGGAGGUGGAAAAUAUUUACAGGGAUGACCCUGAGGAAGGAGGUUCGGAGUUUCCCCGCGUAUCCUCUCAAAAUCUCCAGGAUCUCACCGGCGAAGUUGAUAAUGGGGAAUAUGCUGAGAAAAUGAAAGAAUUCUCGGGGGACGAGCACCAAGAGGCAGGUGAGAGCUUUGCAGAUUAUCCCUCAGACUUUUCUUCGUGUGAAUAUGCAGAAGAUGGAAGAAAAAUUCAGGAAAGCAGGUCAAAUUUCUGGCCUGGUGCAUCUGAAUACAGUUCAUAUGCACAGGAAGAUAUGACACAGAUGGGCAGCGCUGAGGACAGUGAUGAGAAGGAAGACGGGUAUCUGUACAGCAGAGAUCUGGAGAUGGAUGCUGAGAACUUAAUGAGCCUGGGCGUGGCAAUUGGAGAACAAGUCAGAAGCAGCACUGCCGUGAUCAAGUUUGACAAUGAAGAAGAGACAACUGAGAGCGACUGCAGCUCCAGUGAUGAUGAGGCUCAUAGGUGCCUUCAAGUUCUUAUAAACAACAAGCAGCCGGUGGACAGUCAGAUUUAUGCCGAGAGCAGCUCUGAUGACCAUCACAUCUCAAACAACAGAGCAGAUCAAGCAGGUUUCCUCAGCUGGGACUUCGAUGUGUUAAAAACUGAUACCUUUCUGGCUGAAUACCUGUUAAGCACAGAAGACAUGACAGAAACACCUCUCACAGAUGUUAACCAGCACCCCACAGAAUAUACAAGCAGCUACUCUGAUGCACAGAGAGAGGUUCUCAAAACCACAAGCCCUUCCUACCAGGGAUCCCUCGAUGAUAGCUUCUUCUUCAACAAUGGUGUCGAGGCCUCAGGCAUCACCCAGCGGGGACAGCGGGAGGAAGAGGAGUACGAAGAAGACAGGAACUGGGAACAAGAAGAGAAGAGAAUAAAAGCUUUCAACGAUUUUUAUGGUGACGGUGACGAGGAGAAUGGAAGAGAAGGGAGGCAGAUAAAGGUGCAGUUUUGUGCAGAGCCAUUGUCUCAAGUUAUUCAUUAUGAAACUGACAGUGACAGAGAUUCACUCAGCAGCUCCACAGACAGCGGGAAGGAGGACCUGAGCUCUGCAGAAUCAUCUGACGAACCGAGGAAGCCUGACGUCACCCUGCAAGUGAAACCUGUUUGUGACCCUCCCAAAACUCAGCUACCAGAGAACACGCCAGACCUCAGCAACACACAAACCUGCCCAGAGAAACACAAGGGUGCCAGCAUCAUGAAGCUGAUACUGACAUUGGCUCUGGUGACAGUGAUGGGACUGCUGAUGUUCUGGUUGGCUACAGAUCAAGGAGAAUGGCUCAACCAGGUUUUCUUCUUUUAGGGCUAUGGAGACUCCUUGGUCAUUAAAAUUGUUUAUAUGCUUUCACACAUUUGUAAAGAACAUAAAGUCAAACAUGUGUUGUUGUGCAUUUUUCUUUUUUUUCUUUUCUC